GUGUGCUUUUCCCACGCCUUGCCCCGCUAAUAUCCGUUGAGCCAUUUUCUUUUCUCUGCCAACACGGUUCAGUAUUCCUUUGCUUUCCACCAUGCAAGCCAUCUGCCUGGCCCGCUCGCGCGUUGCAUUGCGUCGUCUCACCACCGCAGCACACGCGCCUGUUUCGCCGACAGCUGCACCCGCACAGUCCGUCAUCCCGCUCUCGAACAUGGAGGCGCAGUGGGAGCAAAUGUCCAAGAGCGAUCAGGCCCUCGUACACCGACAACUCGAGGAGUUGCAGAAGAAAGAUUGGAAACAGCUGUCGAUCGAUGAAAAGAAAGCUGCCUAUUACGUCGCUUUCGGACCUCAUGGACCUCGAGCUCCGGUUUCCCCUCCGGGUCAAGGGCUUAAAAUCUUCUUCGCAACUUCGGGUCUCAUCGGUGUCGCAGCAAUGACGUAUUUCGCGAUCAGGUCAUUUGCUCCACCACCACCCAAGACUCUCAACCGCGAAUGGGAAGAAGCAUCCAACGAACGUGCACGCGAAGCAAAACUCAACCCCAUCACAGGUAUAUCGUCAGAAGGGUACUCUGGGAAAGGUUUUGUUACGAACAAGUAAAAGCGUGUCGUUUGUGAGAUUACCGGAUAAAA